CAAGACCCGGAAGCGGCGCCGGGAGCGGAGCGAGCCCCGCGUACCGGGAGCCCCUCCCCCACCCCGCGCCCCCCAGCGCCGAUGGCGGCGACCGCCGGAACCCCGCGACCCCCGGAGCCGUGAGGGGGAACCCAGGAACCAUAGGGACCGCGGGGACGCUGCGUUGGGCCGCGCCCGGGCUCGGGGGGCUGCGGACGCGCAGCAUCAUGGAGGCACGGACCCGGCGGCUCGCCACCACCCUGAUGGACGCCACGACGGACAAGGAGCCGCUGGUGCAGGAGCAGAUCUACAACGCUCUGUGCUACCUGGGGGAGGCCGAACCCGAGGAGAUCCUGCACUGCUGCGACGAGUAUCUGCGACAGCACGACAAGCUGGCCUACCCGCACCGCGUCAUCAUCCUGAAGGCGAUGGAGACGGUAGUGAAGAACAACAUCUCCAGCUUGGAUAAAAGCACGGCGAAGGUGGUCAUCUUCCUGGCCUCCAACGAGAUGACCAAAUCGAAGGAGGUGGUCUGGGAAUGGCAGCAGGCAGCCAGCAGCGUGCUGGUGGCGGUCGGGCAGCGCUUCAUCAACAAAGUGAUGGAGGAGGUGCUGACCAAGUUCCAGCCGGGCAUCCUGCCGCAUUACUUCGUCAUGCAGACCUUUGCCAACCUGGCGGUGUCCAACGUGUUCGGGAUGGUGCCUUUCCUCAACUCCAUCCUGGGGACCAUGCUGCCCAUGCUGGGGAUGGCCAAGCAGGACCACAUGAAGUCUGUCUUCUGCUAUGCUCUGCAGCACUUCAGCGAGAGCAUCCAGGAGUACGUGGCCAACCUGGACCAGGCCCCUGACCCCACGGUCAGGAAGGACACUUUCUGCAAUGAGAUCUUCAGCGCCUACGAGGUGCUCUUCAACAGCUGGCUGCAGCACCGCGAGCCCAAGCUCCGGCUGGCGGUGGUGGAGGCUCUGGGAGCCAUGAGCUACCUGAUGCCCGGCGAGAAGCUGGAGGAGCAGCUCCCAAAGCUGAUCCCAGCCGUCCUCUCCCUCUACAAGAAGCACACGGAGUCCUUCUACAUCUCCAAGAGCCUCUGUCAGAUCCUGGAAGCCUCUGUUGACAUCGGCAGCCGCAGCCUGGAUGUGCAGCUGGACGCGCUGCUGGGCACCCUGCACCCCCAGAUCUGCUCUCCUGCCGACCCGGCUGUGCCCCUGACCGUCAAAAACCACACAGAGGUCCUUCGGUGCUUCACUGUGCUUGCCUGCUCCUUCCCUGACCGAGUGCUGACCUUCCUCCUCCCAAAAUUGGAGAGCAGCAGUGAGAGGACGCGCGUCGGGACGUUGCUCAUCAUGAGGCAGAUCAUCAACAGUGCCCCCUCUCAGAUGGAGAUUAAAAAGCCCUUUAUCCUUUCUUCAAUGAAACUUCCCCUUCAAGACAGCAACAACAAGGUGAGGCGUGCCGUGGUGCAGGUGAUCAGUGCCAUGGCUCACCACGGCUACCUGGAGCAGCCCGGUGGGGAGGCCAUGCUGGAGUUCCUGGUGCGGCAGUGUGCCCUGCCCUCAGAUGUGCCCCAGAAGCCGCUCCCAGAUGCAGAUGACCCCACGAGCGACAGCGUGCGGAGCAUCAGCGUCAGCACGCUCCUCCUCCUCAGCACCACUGUCGAUCGGAUGAACAAUGUGCUGUGGCCGUACCUCCUGGAGUUCAUCACCCCCGUGCAGUUCACCAACGCGCUGACUCCCAUCUGCAAGAGCCUCAUGCAUUUGUCCGUGAAGAAACGAGAGGAGGGAGGGAAUGCAUCCCUGAUCCCAUACGACCUCAACGGAAAUCUUCCUUCGCCCCACGCCCUGACGACACGGUUGCUGGUGGUGUCCUCCCGGCCGUACACCGGGGACGGUCGGGGUGCAGCAGCCCUGCGGCUCCUGCAUGCGUUGUGCUGCAGCGUCCACCCUGCCCUGGAGCAGCUCUGGAGCAAAAGGGUUCCUCUGCUGGUGGAGCGCAUCGAGGAGAACACUGAGAAGUCGCUGCACCUGGAGGAGUGGGAGGAGGAGCUGCUGCUGCUCCUCCAGGAAACACUGGCAGCCGUUUCAGACAACGCUUGGAUCUGCCACUUUGUGACAGAGAUGUGCCGGCAGCUGAAUGGCUACAAUGGAUUCCCCACCGAGAAGAACUUUCUGUACAAGUGCAUUGGGACGACGCUCGGGGCGUGCGUGAGCAAGGAGUUGGUCCAGAAACAGCUGCAGGAGCUGCUGGAAACGGCCCGGUACAACGAGGAGGCAGAGUGGGAGGGACUCGCUUCCUGCUUUGGGAUAUGUGCAAUAAAUCACCUGGAGGAAACGCUGGCCAAGCUGGAGGAUUUCGUGCGGUCCGAUGUCUUCAAGAAAUCCGUGGGGCUGUUCAGUAUUUUCAAGGACCGCAGCGACCACGAAGUGGAGAAGAUCAAGAGUGCCCUGAUCCUGUGCUACGGCUUCGUGGCCGCGCACGCUCCCAGGGAGCUGCUGCUGUCCCGCCUCGAGGCCGACAUCCUGAAGAACAUCUCCCAGUACUUCAGCACCAAGGUUCUGGGGAUAAAGGUAGAGACCAAGGACCUGACCCUGAAGCUGUGCCUCAUCCGGAGCAUCGCCAUGAUCAGCCGGGCCGUCCGUGGCAGCACCAAAUGCAGCACUGACUUUGUUUUGGGUCGCAAAGCCGAACUCAUGGCACAGAUGGUGGAGUUCAUCAAAGCAGAACCGCUGGACUCGAUGCGGACACCAGUGCGGCAGUGGGCGAUGGUCACCUGCACCCACCUCGUCCUCCUGGAGCCCCAGCUCAGCGACCCCGACCGCACAGAGCUGAUGGACGCGUGCCUGGCCGGCGUCCUGGCGCUGCCCCCAUUGGACUCACAUUGGGACCGCGAUGGGGAUGGCGGCGAUGCGCCCUACAGCGAGGAGCUGUUUGCAGACACCCUCGGUGCCCUCCAGGAGCUGCUGAAGACCCUCCUGCAGCGCAGCCUGACCCCACACGGCCUGCAGGACAUGUUUGCGCACUUGGGCCCGUGGAUCAAAUCCAGCAAGCAGCACGAGCGGCAGCGUGCCGUGGAGCUCAGCGCCGCGCUGCUGGACUUCUACCUGGGCAGGCUCAACGUCAGCGUAAGUGUGCCUCAGCGGGCCUGCCUGUGUGUCCCAGUGCCAUCCCACUGCCAUCCCAGUGCUGUGCCCUUGUAUCCCAGUGCCAUCUGGUGUCAUCCCAGUGCUGGCCCUGUCACUGCUCUGCCUGCAGGGUUUGCUCGGGACCACCGGGAUGAGAUGGUGGAGGGACUGAAGGCACUGAAGAGGGGUCUGGAGGAGCCUGACUUUACUGUCCUGUUCCGCACCUGCACCAACAUUGCCAAGGUGAUUGGGAAGCGUGUCCCCCCAGACCAGCUGAUGAGCCUCCUGCUCUCCAUGUUUGAGGGGCUGGCAGACCCCGACAAGAACUGCUCCCGUGCGGCCACCGUCAUGAUCAACGCGCUGCUCAAGGAGCGGGGGGCGGUCCUGCAGGACAAGGUGCCCGACAUCAUGAGCAUCAUCCACGGCAAGCUGCAGGAGGUAGAUGAGGAGCACGUGCACAAGGCAGCCCAGCAGACGGUGUACAUCCUGGCAGCCCAGCACACCGGCGUGGUGGUGUCCAGCCUGCUGGGCAGCGCGCUGCCCUUCGACAGCCACACGUGUGCCAUGUGGCGAGCCCUGGCCGCGGAGCCCAGCCUGACGGCGCAGAUCCUGGAGCAGCUGCUGGAGAAGGUGACGCGGGACGUGCCCUACAAGGAGAGCAGAGCCUUCCUGCUGGGCGGCAGCUCGGAGCGCGUGGCCACGCCGCUGCCCAUGGCCGCCACAUGUGCUCUGCAUGAGAUCAUGUCUGCACCGGAGUCUGGGCCGGCGGUGCUGGGGCUCUACGCGCCUCUCUUCGUGACCCUCCUGCUGCGCGUCAGCUGCACCGUGGGUGUUCAGCUACCGAAGAGCCUGCAGGGCAGGGAGAGGAGGAGCAGCAGCCACGCGGCCGUGUCGCGCAGCCUCCAGCCCUGCAGCUGUGCGGUGCAGACUCUGCGGGCCAUGCUGGCACGGGGUGGCAGUGAGGCUGUGGCCACGGCUGUGGGCGGUGCUGGAGGAUGGGAGCUGAUGGAGAACCCUGAGCGGCACCACGAGGGCGUCACUGUGCUGGCUGGCUCCAUGGCACGGCAUGCUGGCCCCCGCCUGCCUCUCAUUGUCAAGAGCCUCAUCCCCACACUGAGCAGCGCCUUCGACAGCCAACGCAUCACUGCCACCGCCUUCCUGGCUGAGCUGCUGAGCAGUAACGUGGUGAACGACCUGAUCCUGCUGGAGAAUGUGAUGCACAGCAUGACGGGGCGGCAGAAGGACCCGUGUCUGCUGGUGCGCGUGCUGGCGCUGCGGGGGCUGGGCAACAUCGCCGUGGGGGCACCCGAAAAGGUGCAUAAGCAUGGGGCCAAGCUGCUGGCAUCCAUGGUCAAUGGCAUGGAUGACAGAGAUGACCCCAACAACCUGGUGGCCCUGGAGGCCAUGACCAGUCUGUCCAAGCUCCUGGAGCACCUGGAGGAGAGGGACGUGCAGGCCACGCUCCUGCACAUCGCCAUCAGGAUCCGGCCCUUCUUUGACAGCGAGCAGCCCGACCUCCGCCGCUCAUCCAUCGUGCUCUUUGGCAACCUGACCAAAUUCAGCGAGGGUGACUGCGAGGCGUUCUUCGAGCAGAUCCUCAACGGGCUGGUGACGCUGCUGCUGCACCUCCAGGACCCCAAACCCGAGGUCGUCAGGGCCUGCAAGUUCGCUCUGCGCAUGUGCGGCCCCAGCAUGGGCUGUGAGGGGUUGUGUGACAUGUUCCUGAACCACCUGCGGGAGGACCGGAGCCUGCACUACGGCGAGUUCAUGAACAAUGUCUGCAAGCACCUGAUGCAGAGCUACCCGGAGAUGCUGAACCGUCUGGUUCUGACCAACCUCUUCUACUUCAAGAGCUCCUGGGUGGACAUCCGAGCAGCUGCGCCCAUGUUCAUCGGGUUCCUCGUGCUGCACGUGGGGGAGGACCACUGCCACCAGGUGGACCUGGAGCAGCUCAUCUCGGCCCUCAACCUCCUCCUGAAGGACCCGGUCCCCGCCGUCCGCAUGAAGGUGGCAGAGACCCUGGGCCGCCUCGUCCGCAUCCUCUGACCCCACGCAGCGCUAUGGGGUCGCAGCCCCACAGCCACCGCCACGCGCCCCCCACGGGCCCCGCUCCGCAGCGCCAUCGUCUUCCUCCGCUCCCCCCAGAGCCCGGGAUGGGCACAGCAGGUGAACGGACCCCUGUGUGGUGGGUGGGUGGGGGGUCCCAGGAAUGUGAGCGUCCCCAAACACACCUGUACAUAAACUUAUUUUUCGAUAAUAAAGCUCUUUCUUUGCUCCUGGCUGGGAGGUGGUGUG